GGGUUGCAGUUUCAACUUGAAAAUUGAAAUAGAUAGUAGCACUGUAGCAGUGGAAGAGUGGAAGUGGGACGGACGAGUACACAUUUACACACAAAUACACAAUACUACAUUACUGUAAUUGUUAGGAAUCAAUCGGAGGAUAUGGAGAAACAGGAGGAAAUCAACUCGAAUCCGGGUGCUGAUUGGGAGAAUUUCAGGGACGACGACAUCAUGCUUCAACAUUCUGCUAUUCGCGACGAGCAAGCCCACAAAAUCCUUUUUCUUGGCGACAAGGAACCUCUCUCUGCUUUAGCUGCAGAAUAUCAAUCUGGGAGUUCUAUCUUGCUUGAAAAGAUUAAGCUUCUAGAUGAAAAAUACUGUGCAAUUCGGCGAACUCGAGGAGAUGGAAAUUGCUUUUUUAGAAGUUUCAUGUUCUCAUACUUGGAGCAUAUCCUAGAAACUCAAGACAAGGCUGAGAUAGAUCGUGUUAAGGUUAAUGUUGAAGAAUGCCGGAAGACACUCCAGAGUCUUGGCUAUGCAGACUUUACCUUUGAAGAUUUUUUUGCGUUAUUUCUUGAGCAGCUGGAAAGUGUUGUUCAAGGGGCGGAUGCUUCAAUAAGUCAUGACGAGCUUGUUGAGAGGAGUCGGGAUCAAUCAAUAUCUGAUUAUGUUGUAAUGUUCUUUAGAUUUGUCACGUCUGGGGAGAUACGAAAGCGUUCGGAGUUCUUUGAGCCCUUCAUACUGGGACUGACAAAUGCCACAGUUGAUCAGUUUUGCAAAUCAUCUGUGGAGCCUAUGGGUGAAGAAAGUGAUCAUGUCCACAUUACUGCUCUAUCAGAUGCAUUAGGUGUGCCAGUUCGGGUGGUAUACCUGGAUAAUAGCUCUUGUGACACUGGUGGUGUUAGUGUGAAUCAUCAUGAUUUCGUACCUUGUUCCCUGUCGAAUGAUGGAAGCAGUGGCUUGGAGAUCAAUCCUUACAUAACCCUGCUUUAUCGUCCAGGCCACUAUGACAUUCUUUACCCAAAGUAAUAUGUAGCAACUAGCAACACAUUUCUAUAAAUGCUGGUGGUGAAAAAGGUGUAUUUUCUGUGACAAGGGACUAGGUGCAGUACAUUACGAUUUAUGGUCAUUUUCUCGUCAUUGUGUAUUUGUCUAAAAAAAGCAUCAGUGUUACAUGUGGGAAAUGUUGGACUUUUUAAAAAACUAUUUGUUCACUAGAAAAAUUGUACUACCAAAUACCAAUGCCAUCAUUGGAUAGAUCGUUGUCCUUAUAUGAUAAUGUGUCCAGGGAAUGUGACUUUUGUAUAA